CAACGGUUGCUUCAUUGUAGAACUCUUGUGUUUCUAUGAGAAGAAUCGUGAAGGGGAACCCCUUUUCAAAACACGUUGGAUGCAGACAAAUAUCUCUCGUGAUUUAAUUUUGCUUGAGAACCAACUCCCUAUGUUUGUGCUGCAGAAGAUUUUUGAACUUACUCCUAACUUGAUGGGGGAGACAACUCUGAAUACGCUUGCUCUUAGGUUUUUUGAACCCUUGAGACCUGGGAAGGAGAAAUUUGAAGAAGGGAUGUUGAACAAGCAUGCCAAUAGUGAGUAUAUACAUCUAUUAGCUUUGUUUCACUCUUCCUUAAUUUCAGGGGAUAAAACAUACCCGCAGCAGCCUACAAAGAGUGAAAAGGAAAAAACACAUCUUAGGCUUCCUGGGAAAGGUUGGGUGCAUAAUGCUAAAACACUUAGUUAUGCUAGUAUUAAGUUCCAAGGAAAAUCUAGUUGCAUUCUCGACAUACAGCUUACAGGCAAGACGUUAAAGAUUUCUACUAUGGUCAUCGAUGAUAGCACUAGCCCUGUGUUGAGGAACUUGAUAGCCUAUGAACAAAACAACUGCGAUGUAACUCCAUAUUUUUGCUGUCUUGCGUUGUUCUUGGAUAGCAUAGUGGAUACGGUCGAGGAUGUCAAGAUCCUUUGUAAUGCUGAGAUUAUCAAACAUGCAAUGGGUAGAGACGAGGAGGUGGCGAAUCUUUUCAACAGACUCACUAAAGAGUUGGUGUUUGAUAUUAAUGAAGAGUAUUGCUACAUGACCAAGGAAAUCGAAAACAUCAAUCGUCAUUGCCGAAUGCACGACAUUAGAGUUCGAAUUCGCCGUUUUCUUGCUAGGCUAAACUACAAAGGAUCACUCAAUACAAUCUUUUACAUUUUGGUCACAAUCAUCUUAUCCUUUAUUGCUAGUAAUCCUCCAAAUGACAGCCCCUCCUCAACUAAUGGGUUGUCACCUACACCUCCACCUCCGCCUUCACUAUAACCAUUUCGACAAAAACAAAACACCAUUUGAAAUGGUUGAUGCAGGUUUAUCUAGUGGAGCCAACAUUGAUCAAUGAACCACGUGGUUGCAAUCAUUUGACUUACUAUUGCUUUU